AUGGCCGAUAUACCAUCAGUUAAUGGGAUCCCCAAUAUCAUUGAGAAGGCUGCUCCUGCGGCGCCUGCCAAGAAGAGGCUUUCUGUUGAGAGGAUUUAUCAAAAGAAAACACAGUUAGAACAUAUUCUGAUUCGUCCUGACACCUAUAUUGGCUCCGUAUCUCGGACCACAACAAUGAUGUGGGUGUUUGAUAGGGAAAAGGAAGCUAUGGUGCAGAGGGAAAUUACAUAUACGCCUGGUCUUUAUAAAAUAUUUGAUGAGAUUCUGGUAAAUGCUGCUGAUAACAAGAUUAGGGAUCCCACAAUGAACUGCAUCAGGAUUGAUAUCAAGCCAGCUGAAAAUCUUAUCCGUGUGUGGAAUAAUGGUGCUGGGAUUCCCGUUGUUCAUCAUAAAGUCGAGAAUAUGUACGUUCCUUCGCUGAUUUUUGGCCACUUGUUGACAUCGAGUAAUUAUGAUGACACGGAACAGAAGGUUACCGGUGGCCGCAAUGGUUAUGGCGCAAAAUUGUGUAACAUUUUCAGCAAACGUUUUGUUGUUGAGACUUCAAGUAAAGAGAACAAAAAGUGCUUCAAGCAGACAUGGGUGGACAAUAUGACCAAAACAUCCGAACCAAAGAUAAACCCGAAUUCCGGUGAAGACUUCACCUGUGUUUCUUUUUAUCCUGAUCUUGAGCGAUUUGGGAUGACUGAACUGGACGCUGACACUGUCGCUCUUUUCGAACGCAGAGCUUACGAUGUUGCCGCCUCGACCUGCGGUGUCAAGGUCUUCUUAAAUGGGCAAAGAAUACCCAUUAAGAAUUUCAAGGAUUAUGUCGAUUUGUACCUCAAUGGUAAGGGUGAAGAUGGCGAUUCUGCACCGGCCGUGUACGAGUCUGUGAAUCCUCGGUGGGAGAUAGCCGUGGCGCCAAGUACAGUUGGUUUUCAGCAAGUCAGUUUUGUUAACAGCAUCGCCACCACCAAAGGUGGUAAACAUGUGGACUAUAUAGUCGAUCAAGUGGUGGGCAAGCUAAUCGAUAUUGUGAAGAAGAAGUCGGGAAAAUCCGGUGUCUCUAUCAAGAACUUCCAGAUCCGUUCUCACAUGUGGGUCUUCAUCAAUUGCCUCGUGGUGAACCCCACCUUCGACUCACAGACCAAGGAGUUUAUGAGUCUGGAGGCGAAGUACUUCGGGUCCACCUGCCAAUUAACCGAAAAGUUCAUCAACCAUGUCUCCAAGUCAGGUAUUGUUGAGAGUGUUCUCUCUUGGGUGCGCUUCAAGGCGCAAGAGAAGAUGGAUAAGCAGUGCCAUAAGUCGAAGCACGCUAAAUUGAAGGGGAUUCCAAAGUUGGACGAUGCUAACGACGCGGGGACGAAGAAUUCGCAGCACUGCACCCUCAUCCUCACUGAAGGGGAUUCAGCCAAAUCUCUGGCCGUGGCUGGUCUCGGAGUGGUUGGACGUGACCGCUAUGGUGUUUUCCCUCUGCGAGGUAAACUGCUCAAUGUUCGUGAAGCGCCGACACGGCAGAUCAUGGAGAAUGCUGAGAUUAACAACCUGAUCAAGAUUCUGGGCCUGCAGUAUAAGAACAAGUACGAGUCUCAGGAUUCUCUUGUCAAUUUGCGUUACGGAAAAAUUAUGAUAAUGACGGAUCAAGAUCAGGACGGAUCGCAUAUCAAGGGUCUGCUGAUCAGCUUCAUCCAUCAUAAUUGGCCCAAUCUGCUUCGUCACAACUUCCUGGAGCAGUUUAUCACCCCAAUUGUGAAGGUGUUUAAGGGGAAACAGGAAAUCGCCUUUUAUAGUAUUCCCGAAUUUGAGGAGUGGCAAAAGUCAACACUCAAUUGGCAUACGUGGCGUGUGAAGUACUAUAAAGGUUUGGGUACCUCGACGAGCAAGGAGGCAAAGGAGUACUUCUCGGACAUGACGCGCCAUCGUAUCCGUUUCCGCUAUUCGGGGCCCGAGGACGACAGUGGCAUCAUGUUGGCCUUCAAUAAAAACAAAAUCAAUGAGCGUAAGCAAUGGCUCACCGCGUGGAUGGAAGAGAAACGACGACGUACGGAGCUGGGUCUACCCGAGGACUACCUCUAUGGUGUGGGCACCCAUGCCAUCACCUACCACGACUUCAUUCACAAGGAGCUCGUCCUCUUCUCCAACAUGGAUAAUGAGCGCUCCAUCCCUUCUCUGGUGGAUGGUUUGAAGCCUGGUCAGAGAAAGGUUAUGUUCACCUGUCUGAAGCGCAAUCAAGUGAAGGAGAUUAAGGUGGCUCAGUUGUGCGGUGCCGUGGCAGAGAUGUCCUCCUACCACCACGGCGAGGUGUCUCUCAUGGGCACUAUCAUCGGUCUAGCCCAGGACUUUGUAGGUUCCAACAACCUCAAUCUGCUGAUGCCCUAUGGUCAGUUCGGUACGCGUCUCUCCGGCGGCAAAGACUCCGCUUCUGCCCGUUAUAUCUUCACCGCUCUCAGUCCUCUAACUCGCAAGAUCUUUCACGAGAAUGACGAUCCCAUUUUAAACUACUUAUUUGAGGAUAAUCAGAAGAUUGAGCCCGCGUGGUAUAUGCCAGUCAUCCCCAUGGUCCUCAUCAAUGGAGCCGAGGGUAUUGGCACAGGAUGGAGCACUAAGGUCCCCAAUUACGACACUAACGAGGUGAUCGCCAACCUUCGGCGCAUGUUAGAUGGGGUCGAACCGCUGCCGAUGCUGCCGAGUUAUCGGGGUUAUCGGGGAAAGAUUGUGGAGGUGGGAGAAAACCGAUAUGUCCUCUUCGGGGAGAUUGCGGUGCUAGAUGAUCAGACGGUGGAGAUUACGGAGUUGCCGGCUAAGACUUGGACGCAGUGUUACAAGGAGACAGUGCUUGAACCUAUGCUCAAUGGAACUGAGAAGGUGCCGCUCACUUUCUAUCUACCCCUCGAUAGUGACUACAAAGAGUACCACACCGAUGUGACAGUGCGCUUUGUGGUACAGAUGACACAGGAGAAGCUGCGCGAGGCAGAGAGCAUGGGUCUACACAAGUUCUUCAGACUUGCUAUUCCCAUGACAACCAACUCUAUGGUGCUCUUUGACCACACUGGAUGCCUGAAGCGCUACACAUCGGCGCAGGAGAUCCUUCGUAGUUUCUAUACCCUGCGGUUGGAAUGGUAUGACAAGCGCAAGGCCUAUAUGGAGGGUAUGCUGUCAGCAGAGGCGCGACGUCUGGAGAACCAGGCACGUUUCGUGAUGGAGAAGAUCGGCGGUGUCGUUACCAUUGAGAAUCGUUCGAAGCGGGAUUUGGUGCGUCUGCUGCGCGGGCGCCGCUACGAUCCCGACCCGGUGCGUGCGUGGAAGGAGUGCAUUGACAAACUGGCCGCCAUCGAGGAAGCCACGGCGGCGCGUAGACAGGCAGGCGAGCCAGUGGAUGAGGCAGAGGGUGGCGACGGUAGUGGUGUUACGGUAGACGAAGACGUAGCUCGCGGGGCCGCCGACUACAACUACAUCCUCGGAAUGCCCCUGUGGAGUCUGUCGAAGGAGCGAAAGGAAGACCUGCUGGCACAGAGAGAUAAAAAGCAGGCGGAGCUGGCUAUUCUUAUGAGAAGGACGAAUAAGGACUUAUGGAGGGAGGAUUUGGAUGAACUAGAGGCUGCUAUCAAAAAAUACGAGACGGAGCGUCAAAAGGAUUUGGAGGACCUGAUUAAUGCCGCAGAGAAAAAGGUAGCCAAACAGGCGUCAUCGCAGUUGAAGGGCGGUCGCAGUGCUGCAGCCAAGGGCGCAGCCGCAGCUCUGACUAAGGGCAUGCGUCAGACGCGACCCGACCCCUUGGGUCGACGUGUCGAGCCCGUCGUCGAUCCCGAAUUGGCCAGGAAGGCUGAGGCUCAGGUCUGUCGUGAGGCCAAAAGGAAGGCGGCGGCUGCUGGCAGUGGAAAGGCAGCAGAUGACGACUUUCUUGCGGACAUGGACGACGAGGACAGUCAGUUUGGUGGGAAUGCACCUCAGCCGCUAUUCAAACGACUUAGUGGGACGGUAGAUUCGGAGGACGGUAAUACUGCGCUCAAUACUCUCGCCUCAGCUCCACUAUCGAAACGUGGUAGUGGUGCUGGUAGUCGUGGAGGAGGGCGUGGACGUGGCAAAGGGGCUUCCGCUGGCGUGAAGCGAUCGUCGGCGAGGAAAGUUCGUCAAAAGAAACUUACCUUCGACAGCAGCGAGGAUGAAAGCGAUGCUGACAACGUCAGUGAUGAUGCCUCGGACGUCUCCGAGUUUGCGCCAUUCAAGGGAGGCAGUGGUGACGGACCAGUGAUGUCCCUGGCUGAGCGAGUUCGCAACCAGCCUCCGCGUCGCACUGCAGCUGCCACUACGAAAAAGUACAACUUUGACGAUUCCGAGGGCGAUGAGGAUGGGGUAAAGAGUAGCGAAGAGGAAGUUUUCACGGCUGUGGACCAUGGGCAGGGUGACAAGGCGAUUGUUCUCAGCAGCCCUGUGAAACAACCUUCCUCGCCAACUAUCGUACAGCUACAAACUGAUGCUACCGGAAAGUCGAAAAGCGGCACAACAGCCUGGCCAAUCUCCUACAAAGAGCCGGCCACCGUAGCCACCAGGAUGCCGUCCUCUACGAGAGGCGGGCGCGCCGGCAGCAGUCGAAGAGGCGCCAACGCUCGUGGUGGUGGUGGCCAGAGAGGGGGUGCAAGGCUUACCACUGCGGCCAAGUCCACCGGUGUCAAGCGGUUGAUGGAGGAGACAGACUCUGAUACCCCUGGUGGCGCCAACAACAAGAGCGAUGACGCUGACGAAAUUUUCAUACCUGACUCACCAGUCGCUCCAGCCCGAACCAAGGCGGCGCGCAGCGCACAGAGGAAGGUGCAGUACUUCUUCGGCAGUGACUCGGAUGAAGUGGUGGAAGUGGACAGUGUUAGCGACAAAGGUGUCGAUUCUGUUGAUGGCGGCAAUGUAAAGCCGAGGGGGAAGAUGGGCGCCAAACGGAAGCGUUUCAAUUCAGACAGCGAUGAGGAUUAUGUACCUGAAUAG